GGUGGGCUGCAGCCAAUGGGGAAGGUCCAACGCGACGUAAACAACAGCAGGCGGCCAGCUGACGACGGCACGCAGGGUGACGCCGGCCACGCCAUCCACCAUUGUAUCUCCUGCUAUAUUAGCCUUAUUUCUGCCACCACAAUGAAGAGCGUUUUAGCCUUCUGGUUGUUGUGCGGGGUGGGGGCGACGGAGGUGCUGAGGCCGCGUGGAGUGGUGCUGUCCAAAGCAUCAUUCUAUGACCCAAAGAGAGACUUCACCUGCCUUGAUGGUUCUGGGACGAUCUCAUUUUCAUACGUGAAUGAUGAUUACUGUGACUGCCAAGAUGGAAGUGAUGAGCCUGGAACAGCUGCCUGUCCCAAUGGAUUCUUCCACUGUACCAAUGCUGGCCACACACCUCUCAACAUUCCGUCCUCGCGAGUCAACGAUGGUGUUUGUGAUUGCUGUGAUGCUUCUGAUGAGUAUGCCUCCAGUGCCAGUUGUGUCGACACAUGCCGAGAAUUGGGCAAGGCAGCUCGUGAAGAGGCAGCCAAGCAAAGAGAGGAAAGGUUAAAAGGUUAUCAGUUACGUCAGUCAAUGAUUGAAGAGGGCCGCAAAACAAGAAAGGAGGCAGAGAAAAAAAUUGAAGAACUAAAAAAAGAAAAGGGAGAUGCAGAAUCCACUCGUCUUGAAAAGGAAGAAAUUAAGAAGACUGCUGAAGAACCAGAAAAGUUGGCAUUGGAGAAGUACCUGGAUGCCGAAGCAGAGAAGAAGGCCAAAGCUGAGGAAGAAGAGAAGAAAAAAGAUGAGGCCGAGGCCAGGGAGGCUUUUGCUCAUCUUGAUAACAAUGGUGAUGGCUUUUUGACAAUUGAAGAGCUCCAGUCCAGACAAACUUUUGAUACAAACAGGGAUGGACAGGUUUCCCAGGAGGAGGCAAAGUUUUACCUGGGUCAAGAGGAUAGCAUGUCGAAGGACACCUUCCUCAACUCAGGAUGGUUAAUGAUGCGACCAAUCUAUACCAUGGACAAAGGAAUGUUCACUCCCCCUUCAUCCACACCAUCCCCUCCCGAGAAGACCCUCGCUCCUCCCCCACCUGUGUUUGAUGAGGACAACUACCAGACAGAAGAGGAAGAGGAGCCUGAAGAUUUUGACUCUAACUUGGACCCUGAGGAUGACUCUGAAGACGAUGACAGUGAAGAGUAUGAUCCUCCUGAGGAUGAGCAUGAGGAUGUUGGCAAGGAAGGAGAGCAAAAGGAAGAGGAAGAAGAACCCAAAUAUGAUGAAGAGACUCAGAAACUGGUUGAUGUGGCUAAUGCAGCUCGUGAAGAGUUCGAUGAAGCAGACAGGCGUGUUCGAGACUUGGCCAGGGAAUUGCGCACUCUGGAAGAAUCCCAAGAAAAGGAUUAUGGUCCAGAAGAUGAAUUCAGGGUCUUGGAAGGAAAUUGCUUCGAGUACACGGAUAGAGAAUAUACAUACCGACUUUGUCCCUUUGAUAAGGCAAUUCAGAAGCCCAAAUCAGGCCAUGGUGAAACACGGCUUGGUCAGUGGGGUGAGUGGUCUGGACCAGAAGAAAAUAAAUACAGUAGAAUGCUGUACAAUAAUGGUCAAGCGUGCUGGAAUGGGCCCACCAGAUCGGCAGAUGUUCACAUAUCAUGCGGAACAGAGACAAAACUUAUGGGUGUUUCUGAACCAAACAGAUGUGAAUAUUUAUUCCUUUUAAGCAGCCCGGCUGUAUGUACGAAACCAGAAGAUGUGAAUGGCGAUGAGAAUACAGAUCACAGUCACAUCGAGUUGUAGGGAUCCGCGUAAUAUAUUACCAGUAUUUUGUACAUUUUUUUUUUUAAUAAUUAAACACGAAUUUAGUUUUUUAAAACAUAAUUUUUUUUAGUUGCAACAUCACAUUGUGUCUAAUUUCUAAUUUCAAGGUCCACAUUGGCCCUAAACCUUUGUAUUAUGUAUGGUUAUCUUUAAGCAGACGAUGAGUUCCAAUAACGUGGCUGAAGAGUUGAUAUUCAACCCACACAUCUGAAAAUGAAGAAACGACGACGAUUCAGUCCCUCCUGGACCAUUGACGAUGGUUCAGGAAGGACCAAAACGUCAUCGUUUCUUCAUUUUCAGAUGUGGUGUUAUCUUUAAGUUUCUUUAAACUUGCACUUUUAUUUGGUAUAUUGUCGGUAUAAAACAGGAAUAUUUCUGUUAUUCUUUAGUAAAUACAUGGCUUAGAUUAUAUUACUGGUAAAUUGAGAUUGAUUUAUAUAAGUCUUGCUAAAUAAUCUUGAAUGUACCACUAUAUUUGAAUAUGUUUGGCAUAAACAUGCUCUUAUUACAAGCUAUUGUUUAUUAUAGCUCUUGAAGUUUAUUGGCUAAAUUUUAACCUAAUUAAAAUUAACUUAGGCAAUAUAAUAAAAAUGUAUUAAUUGGACUGGACAUUUUUUCAUCUGUUGUCCAUACCUGUUAAUUUUUAGGUUGAGGGAACUAUUGAAGUUUCAUUGAUUGUAUAAGCUGGUAUCUGUGAUGAUAACAUUCCUGUAAAACUUUGUCAAUAGCAUUUGUCUGAGUUUAUUAAGAUAAAAUCACAUGUUUUCAUAGUAAAUCUAAAAAUUCU